CUGUGAACUUUACUGUUCUUCGAGUAGAGACAUGUGGGAAGUUACACUUAAUUUUUAAUGUUUUCCUAGUCAAAAUAGUUCUUUUAAAAUUUUUAUUCAGGGCUAUAUUUGUGAUCAAAGGAUAAGAAGACCUGCUGGAGCGGGUCGUUUAUCGUAAUAAUUUAAUUCUCAACAUCAUUUAAAGGAUGGUACGAAAACGAGGUUUGAAUGGAUUAGUUGUUUAUGAUAGAAAGAAACGGCGUCAAUCAGGAUCCGAGUCAGUUCUUUCGCCUAAUCCAGCUCCGGAAUCGAAACGUAAUUUACUGAAUGAAAGUCUGUUACGCAUGUAUAAGCAGAAUCUUCCAGAAAAGAAUUUUAUGGAAAAGAAGGAAGGAGAUUGUGCUGAUAAUACGACUGCAGAAAAACAAACUUUACUUGAAAACAAAGAAAGCGAGAGCGUAAAAACAUCCACCAAAGGUCUAAAAAAAUCUGAAAGAAAGAAAACUCUAACUGUGAAACUACCAUCUGUAACUUUUGAAGAUGUUGGAGGACUUGACAAAAUUCUUAAGAAUAUACUCAAGCUAUUUAUACAUAUAAAAGAUCCUCAAUUGUUUGAAGAAUUAGGAGUUCGACCGGUGCGUGGUGUCCUACUUCGUGGUCCUCCUGGAUGUGGGAAGACCCAUUUAGCUCGUGCUAUUGCUGGGGAAAUGCAGUUGCCAUUUCUUGAAGUAGCAGCUACUGAACUAGUUAGUGGUAUUUCAGGACAGUCUGAAAGCAAAAUUCGUGAUAUAUUUGAUGAAGCCAUCAAGAGUGCUCCUUGCAUUUUAUUUAUCGAUGAAAUCGAUGCCGUCUGUCCAAAGAGGGAUACGAGUGACCGGGGAAUGGAAAGACGUAUGGUUGCACAGUUUUUAAAAUGUUUAGAUGAACUGAAUGAGAAAGACAUUACUUCUCAUGUGAUGGUCAUUGGUGCUACAAAUAGACCAGAUUCAAUUGAUCCUGCUCUUAGAAGAGGAGGUCGUUUUGAUCGAGAACUAGCUAUAGGAAUGCCUGAUGAAAAAGCUAGAUAUCAAAUUUUGCAAGUACUGUGCAAGAAAUUAAAACUUUCUCCUGAUUUUGACUUUCAUUGGCUUGCUCAUCGUACUCCAGGUUAUGUUGGUGCAGAUUUGAAAAGCCUUAUAACAGAAGCUGUGGAAGUUGGCAUUUGGAGGAUGUAUAAAAAAUAUAUCAGUUUUAAUUAUAUUCAAGCAAAAAGUGAUAAUUCUGAUAUCAGUGGCAGUUCUAGUUUAGAAGAUCAUUUAAAUUUUGAUACUGAAGAUUUAUCUUUAGAAGCAGCACAGUUUUGGUUCAAAUCCAACUACAAUGUUCCAGAAGAAGAGAGGAAAAAGCUUUAUUUUCAAAUGCAGGAUUUUCAGGUUGCACUUCAGAAUUGUGUUCCUUACUGUAAGAGAGAAGGCUUUGCGACUGUCCCAUAUGUAACAUGGGAUGAUAUAGGAGCUUUAGAAGAUAUUAAAAAGCAGCUACAAGAUGCAAUUAAGGCACCUGUAGAGAACAGAGAGUUGUAUGAAAAAAUUGGUAUAUCCAGCCCAAAGGGAAUUUUGCUGUAUGGCCCUAAAGGAUGUGGUAAAACACUUCUUGCAAAGGCAAUAGCUAAUGAAUGUAGUAUUAACUUUCUUUCUGUGAAAGGACCUGAAUUAUUAAACAUGUACUUAGGUGAAAGUGAAAAGGCUGUAAGACAGUGUUUCCAAAGAGCUAGAGACUCAGCUCCUUGUGUGAUAUUUUUUGAUGAGUUUGAUGCUUUGGCUCCAAAAAGAUCUUCUUCAAAUAUGAAUGCUGCAGCCCAGACAGUUGUGACUCAGUUGUUAACAGAGAUGGAUGGUAUAGGAGAACGUAAGCAAGUAUUUGUUAUUGGCGCCACCAAUAGGAUUGAGAAAAUUGAUAGUGCAAUUCUACGUCCUGGGCGACUGGGGAUAAAAAUAUUUGUUGACAUACCUGCACCUGAAGGCAGGGCUAGCAUUUUGAAAAGUUUAACAAAGAAUAAAACCAAGCCUAAAAUUGCUGAUGAAGUUGAUUUAAAAACACUUAGUUUAGAUCCUCGUUGUGAAAAUUUCAGUGGUGCUGACCUUGAAUCUCUUGUAAUUGCUGCAGGUGCUAAAGCAUUGGAGGAAUAUAAAAGCUCAUCCUCACAUGAAGACAUUGUAGAACUUAAAAUGUCUCAUUUUGAACAUGCAUUUAAAAUUGUAAAACCUUCUAUAACAGAGAAGGAGCGAGAAUACUUUAAAGAGCAAUUUAAGAUUUAUGGAGCAUGUACUCAGGAUGAUAAAAACAUGUGUGAGUAUACUUGACAAAGAGAUUUAAAACUUUUGGAACUUGAUGUAUAAUAUUUUAUAUAGUCCAUUUUCAUGUGCUUCUAUUGUUAUAACUGUUAUUAAGGUUUUUUUAAAUAAAAAUGCUGGACUUUA